AUGUACGAGAAGUUGGAAAAGCGGCCCGACCUGGACAUGUUGAGCCCGCAGUGGAAGUUGAUGCUGCCACACGUCCAGUGCUACUAUAAUUAUCUGUCGCUGAAGACCACUGAUUUCGUUCUAGUAAUGCCAGAAGUCAAAGACGAAGCUUUGCAAGGGCUACGAAAAGAGCUGAUAUCGUCUCUGCGCUCCAUAGGGAUCUCCGAUAAUGGUCCACCGAGCAUUGCUCAGAAGCCGCUGUCCAUUUUCCUUCACAAACACUGCUAUAGUAUUCUGUGUGCGGUAUCUGAUGCACAGCUGGUGAAACGGCGCUCUAGAACGUAUCCCAUCUCGGAGAUUGAGUUCAGACAAUGUUGGGAUAGUUUGUUGCGUAUUUGCUUGAACUACUACGAGGGUUCAGUAAUGGCCUUGUACGAGCAGACCAUCGAGCUUCCUCGAAAUGAAGUACUCGACUUCAUGUUGUCGAACCCUUCGGUACCCCAGCAGCCAUGGCGAACUCUGGGGAUACGGCACCGCCGUCAGCUCAUUGACGAAGUGGAGCUGUAUAGGUACCUUCAGGAAGCCAACGACGCGACAUAUGAUCAGCAAAAAGAUGCUCAAGCGUUGUAUCCUCUCAUCAGCAAUGCCCUGUCGGUGUUCGAGGAAGAAGACAAAAAGACAGAUCGCGGUGAUCUCAGUGUCCUUACGCAACGCAUGCAUGAAGGGCCCCGGACAGCACGCUGUGACGCUCUGGGGUUACUACAAUUGCACAGAGUCUUCCCGCGAUUAUCUCCUUCUACACCUCGCAGUAUCCUGAAAACGUUGAAGACGCAAGGCGCUAGGGACAGUCAGACACACGACACCUCAGCAGGUGCCCACAAGAUGGACUCUGGACGUACGCCGCAGUCGGAUAAUGCCAACAAUCCGUUUGCAGUUAUGCGUUCAGCAUUUGUGUUAAAUUACGAGCCCUCCGAUGAAAGUCAGAUUAUUGGCGAGCUCAAUGCCGACUCGGAGAUGCAUGAUACAACAGUAGAACCGAACCCAGCCCGCAUCUCGUCAAGUGCCCGUACUAUUGAAUUAGGUGAGGCCCAUCGUUUCAUGUCCAAGUCGGCAUCGGGCGCAACCGAGCAAACAGCGCUGAGGCGUGGUCAGGGAGGCAUAGCCAGUGAAGAUCCCUCAUUCGAUCUGCUCGUCCCGAUCUUCGCAGCGGAGUAUAAGAAGGACCAUGUCACUUCGGAGCGUACGGGGUGGAACCAAAUCCGGAUCUACAAUGCCGCAAUGUCGAAGUUCCUCUUCCAUCUGGGGACACACGACACCUCAGCAGGUGCCCACAAGAUGGACUCUGGACGUACGCCGCAGUCGGAUAAUGCCAACAAUCCGUUUGCAGUUAUGCGUUCAGCAUUUGUGUUAAAUUACGAGCCCUCCGAUGAAAGUCAGAUUAUUGGCGAGCUCAAUGCCGACUCGGAGAUGCAUGAUACAACAGUAGAACCGAACCCAGCCCGCAUCUCGUCAAGUGCCCGUACUAUUGAAUUAGGUGAGGCCCAUCGUUUCAUGUCCAAGUCGGCAUCGGGGACAACCGAGCAAACAGCGCUGAAGCGUGGUCAGGGAGGCAUAGCCAGUGAAGAUCCCUCAUUCGAUCUGCUCGUCCCGAUCUUCGCAGCGGAGUAUAAGAAGGACCAUGUCACUUCGGAGCGUACGGGGUGGAACCAAAUCCGGAUCUACAAUGCCGCAAUGUCAAAGUUCCUCUUCCAUCUGGGGGUGACUCUCCCGGUAUUUGGGUUGCUCACAGAAGGCACGGUCGGUGUCGUUACGUGCACGUUUACUACCCAUCGAUUGGAUGUUGGCAUACCCGGCAAGGAAUGUGGUACCCCUGUUACGCAUAUUAUGGACAGGAACCUCCUUUCGUUCGACAUUUCGAAGCCCGAGGACGCGCUCAACCUUGUCGUGUUCCUGUUUCGGCUGUCACACGACUACGGACCAGAACUUGCCGCGGCCCUCGAGGGGACGUGA